CUCAACCAUCAUCAUCUCGAUUCUCGUCUUAUCUAUCUAAUCCUUUCCGCCGUCCAAUCUUCGUCCCAGGGGUAUAGACCAAAUAUCUAGACUAAUAGACCCUAGAAAUGACCGCUGUACUCUCGACGGCAAGCGAUUACGAGGCCCUUUUGCGCGAUUAUGACACCUGGCUUUUCGACUGUGACGGUGUGCUGUGGAGGGGAGACCAUUUGUUAGACGGGGCGGUCGAAGUUCUCGAUUUACUGCGGCGGCGAAAUAAAAAGGUUGUCUUUGUAACGAACAACGCCACCAAAUCUAGAAGAAGUUAUAAGAGCAAGUUCGAUGAUUUGGGAGUCGAAGCACAUGUGGAUGAGAUCUACGGUUCGGCCUAUGCGGCAGCGGUCUACAUCUCGUCUGUGAUCAAAUUGCCGAAGACGAAAAAGGUGUAUGUCAUUGGCAUGGCUGGACUUGAAGAGGAGCUUCAGAACGAGGGGAUCACCAUCUUGGGAGGGACGGAUCCUGCUGACAAUACCUUGGAGUCAUUCAAUCUCGCUGAUUUCGUCCGUGAUCCUGAUGUUGGUGCCGUUGUAUGUGGGUUGGACACGAAGAUCAAUUACACCAAACUGUCGAAGGCGUUCCAAUACCUGCUCCAUAAUCAGGACUGCCUGUUCAUCGCGACAAACGAAGAUAGCACGUACCCAAGUUCGCAUGGUCUGCUACCAGGGGCCGGUUCCAUCAGCGCGCCCCUCCGCUGUGCACUGGGAAAGAACCCUAUCUGCACGGGAAAGCCGGCGAGCACGAUGCUCGACUGCAUCAAGGCCAAAGUGAACUUCGACCCCAAGAGGACCAUCAUGGUCGGGGAUAGACUGAACACGGACAUCCUGUUUGGCCAAAACGGGGGACUGGCGACACUACUCGUCCUCACAGGGAUAACAAAAGUCACCGAUAUCCAAGGACCGAAUGCUUCUCCCAUUGUCCCAGACUUUGUCACAGAAGCGCUUGGGGACUUCCGAGUAGUGGAAAAGGCUGCAUAG